AGAUUUCUUUACAUAUUCAUCAAUGUCUGAAGAAGUGACUUAUGCAGAUCUUCAAUUCCAGAACUCCAGUGAGAUGGAAAAAAUCCCAGAAAUUGGCAAAUUUGGGGAAAAAGCACCUCCAGCUCCCUCUCGUGUAUGGCGUCCAGCAGCCUUGUUUCUGACUCUUCUGUGCCUUCUGUUGCUCAUUGGAUUGGGAGUCUUGGCAAGCAUGUUUCACGUAACUUUGAAGAUAGAAAUGAAAAAAAUGAACAAACUGCAAAACAUCAGUGAAGAGCUCCAGAGAAAUGUUUCUCUACAACUGAUGAGUAACAUGAAUAUCUCCAACAAGAUCAGGAACCUCUCCACCACACUGCAAACAAUAGCCACCAAAUUAUGUCGUGAGCUAUAUAGCAAAGAACAAGAGCACAAAUGUAAGCCUUGUCCAAGGAGAUGGAUUUGGCAUAAGGACAGCUGUUAUUUCCUAAGUGACGAUGUCCAAACAUGGCAGGAGAGUAAAAUGGCCUGUGCUGCUCAGAAUGCCAGCCUGUUGAAGAUAAACAACAAAAAUGCAUUGGAAUUUAUAAAAUCCCAGAGUAGAUCAUAUGACUAUUGGCUGGGAUUAUCUCCUGAAGAAGAUUCCACUCAUGGUAUGAGAGUGGAUAAUAUAAUCAACUCCUCUGCCUGGGUUAUAAGAAACGCACCUGACUUAAAUAACAUGUAUUGUGGAUAUAUAAAUAGACUAUAUGUUCAAUAUUAUCACUGCACUUAUAAACAAAGAAUGAUAUGUGAGAAGAUGGCCAAUCCAGUGCAGCUUGGUUCUAUAUAUUUUAGGGAGGCAUGAGGCAUCAAUCAAAUACAUUUAAGGAGUGUAGGGGGUGGGGGUUCUAGGCUAUAGGUAAAUUUAAAUAUUUUCUGGUUGACAAUUAGUUGAGUUUGUCUGAAGACCUGGGAUUUUAUCAUGCAGAUGAAACAUCCAGGUAGCAAGCUUCAGAGAGAAUAGAUUGUGAAUGUUAAUGCCAGAGAGGUAUAAUGAAGCAUGUCCCACCUCCCACUUUCCAUCAUGGCCUGAACCCUGGAGGAAGAGGAAGUCCAUUCAGAUGGUUGUGGGGUGCCUUCGAAUUUUCAUUUUCAUUUACGUUCUUCCCCUUCUGGCCAAGAUUUGCCAGAGGCAACAUCAAAAACCAGCAAAUUUUAAUUUUGUCCCAUAGCGUUGCCAGGGUGGCAUGGCUGCCCAUCUCGGGUCCAUCCUAUACUUCCAUGGGACUCCCUAUGGCUAAAGGCCUUAUGAGUCAAAGGACUUAUAGCCAAUUGAUUGUUCUAGGCCAGGUAAGAAUGGAUAUGGACAUGCAUUUAUUACCUCUUAAAAUUAUUAUUUUAAGUAAAAGCCAAUAAACAAAAACGAAAAGGCAA